UCGUCAUACUGUACUACUGCAGUGCUCUAUCAUCUAUCUAUCUAUGCACACGCAUGCAUAUUGAAAAGUGUGUUUCUGUGCAAAAAAUCAAUACUUAUACAGAGCAAAGGAGACUUUCAAAAGCAUCUUCAGUUUGUCCUGUAUUAUGUAAAUUAAAACGGUUAAAAUUAACCACCAUCAACUUUGGUGUAAGAUACUAAAAGCACGUCUAUUUUACCUUAACCUUAACUUACAGUACAUCCAGCGGAGCUAUAGACGCACAUCCAGAAAUAGAAGUCUUUAUUCACUGGUGACCCGGUGGCCCUUCUUAAAUCAAAUGACAAAGACAACAAAAAGAUUAAGCAAUGAUGGGUCUUUCGGGGACAGAAGCAAUAGUUUUAACAACUCGUGAAGCAAAUCCGGUUAGUCUAUGCUGGAGUUCACUCUCGUCUAUUUUAAUGCGAGGCACUAAACACACAGUAAUCUGUGUCUCAUCUUAAUGGAAGUUAAAGCUCUUAGCGGGUCAAAUAUAGUACUGGGCAUAUGUGACAUUUAGCACUGAAGGUGCUGAGAGUCACUCUUCAGCUGAUCACAGAAUCUCUUACAAUCUCUCAUAAUAAACACAGGCACUCACAAGCAUUUAUGAAUGGAGACUGAUUCCAGAUCAAAUGAUUUAACUUUAACGCAUUGACGCAAAGUGAAAUGAUGUCAAUUAGACCGCUUUUGCUUUUCAGCGCCACGGCUUGAAAAUAUAAAAAUUCAAUGCAAACUUUUGAAGCUGAGAGAAAGUGGUCAUUUUUGAGCAAUUUUUGAUCGUGGCAUGCACUUGCUGUGUACAAAAGAUAUACAGAAGUGUACAGCCUCUGGCAGAAAAAAGAAAAUUGAGUAAACAUUUAAACUAAGUAAAGUCAAAAAUACAGGUUAUUUUAUUGAUGUUAUUUAUCUAUUACAUGACAAUUGGCGAAGAAAAAUGUGCGUAGAUCACUGGUUUGGAAUAAUUAUGUUUUAACAAUUUUAUGUCCUUAAUGUUCACCAAGGCUGCAUUUAUUUGAUAAAAUAUUUAAAAACACUAAUAUCAUGUAGUAUUAUUAAAAUGUCAAAUAACAGUCCACCAUUAAAUUUAUUUUGGACUAUUUCUUCCAGAUCAAAUAAUGCUUCAAAAAUCAUUCGAACAUGUUCUUUUCCUGCUCAAGAAGACCAGUUCUAAUAAACUGUAACAAAAUUGCACUGUUACUGUUUUAUUGUAUUUUCUAAUAAAUGAGUUCAGUUUUGGUGAGCAUGAGAUUUCUUUAAAAAAAAAAACGUAAUUAUUCUGAACUUGACUUCAAGUCAUUCUUCUGCAAUUAAGGGAAGAGCUGGAUCAGAGAUCACACCCGGGGGGACUUAUUGUGUCUUAAGUCUGGAUCUUUGGGACUUUUCUUCUUACAGCACCUAAUCUGAAUAAGAACACCGUGUUUUGUGCGUCGCCGACUUGAAGGUGCAUGUCUGAAGAACUCGAGCGGCACGGCAGAGAAGAAUAUAGCUUGAAUCUGCUUGGAAAACUACCAAAACUAGAAAACACGAAACAGUUUAGACGGACAGAUUUUUUUUUUAUACAUCUGUAUUUUCAGUUAUCACUCGAGGGGAUGGGCUCUUUCCCAGAAUUCCUGAAUGACUCGUCUAUCCACGAUGGCCCUGGCGCAAAGGUGCCCCUGCCUUGGGCAGGAUUCAUCACGCUGUCCCUCCUCAUGGCCGUGUUCUCCAUCACAGCUGUCGUGUUGAACGCUACAGUGAUAGUCGUCACCCUGCGGCACAAACAGCUGCGGCAACCGCUGAAUUUUGCCCUGGUCAACCUCGCCGUGGCCGACCUGGGCAUCACAUUAACAGGAAGUGUGCCAUCUGUGGUGACCAAUGCUUUGGGCUACUACAUUAUGGGACGGGUCGGAUGUGUAUUGGAGGGGUUUUGCGUUGCAUUAUUUGGUAUAACAGCUCUGUGCACAGUGGCCCUGAUUGCUGUGGAACGGCUUUUUGUAGUGUGCAAGCCUCUGGGUACCAUCAAAUUCCAGACCAAGCACGCCGCAGGGGGGCUGUUGUUAUCCUGGCUCUGGUCUCUGGUCUGGAAUAGCCCGCCUCUCUUUGGCUGGGGGAGCUACCAGCUGGAGGGAGCAGGCACAUCCUGCGGACCCGACUGGCAGAAUCGAGAUCGCAAGAAUGUGUCUUACAUCAUCUGUUACUUCUCCCUCUGUUUCGCCGUGCCAUUCCUCAUCAUUGUGGUGUCUUAUUCAUGGCUGCUCUACACGCUUAGAAAAGUAGCUAAGGUAGGAGGUCGUGUGGCGGCGAGGGCCGAGUCUAAGGUGGCGUGGAUGGUGGUGAUGAUGGUGUUGGCCUUCCUCGUGAGCUGGCUGCCGUAUGCCGCUCUGGCUCUGACGGUGGUCAUCAACCCCGAUGUCCAGCUGGCCGUCACGGUGAAGGUGGUACCCAUUUACAUGGCCAAGAGCAGCACCGUAUACAACCCCCUGAUCUACAUAUACAUGAACAAACAGUUCCAGAAGUAUGCAGUACCAUUUCUGAUGUGUGGAAGGGAUCCCUGGCCUUCAGAGGACGAUGCAUCUGAUCUUCAAACCGUCGUGUCACCGAUGAACAACAAAAUCAACCCAGAGUGAUUGCUGUGUGUUUCACUACGGUCAUGUUAGAGCACGGCGAACGUGCCUUUCUGCUGAAAGUGAGACGGUUUGACGGACGCGAUUUCUUUUUGCUUUUGAAGCGUGGCCCUUUCAAGGCCAACAGCCUUUCGUUCACAUCACAGCUGUUUCACCGCUUGCUAAAACUGUUCAGAAACGAGCUGGAUUCGAGAGAGAGGUAUGCUACGCAGCAUAUGUAUGAAAAUAUGUAAAUGUUACUGAAUGAAGGACCACUUUUUUUUUUUUUUCUUACAAGUAAAAAAGAAAAGCACAUUUUACGCUCUUGUCAAACUUUAGAUAGCUUGUACUGUACUGUAUUUAUAAUGCAGAUAAAUGUAAACUUUGCUAAUACUUUUAUAUUCUAUAUACAAACUGAUCAAAAGUGACGGUAGCGACACCAAAUAUGGUAUUUCCUGGAAAUUAGUACAA